GGGGGGGGGGGGGGGGGGGUUUUUUACUUUGCAUGUUCAAUCUGCAGAUCCUCCUUGUCAAUGCCGCCCCCGGCGAACUUGGAACAUUGAAUAUCAGUGUUCCGAGUCUUGUUCAUGACAGAAUCCCCGAACGCUACUCGACACGCAGCCUAACAACAGCAGCGGCAUGGGUGCCUGACCGUGCUCAGCCGCUGGGUUAUUGUGUGGUGUGGUAAUAAAAGAGGAAAGAGAGGUACUAGUCGACCGUCACUCAGGGUUGCAAUCAAAAUGCAGGUCCACGGUGUUAGCACCUUGGCUCCUGCAAUUUCACCCGCACAGCUGCCUAACCUUUUAGUAGGUGCCGUCCAAUCACGAAGCCUGCUUCGUACGUCGGAUUCGAUCAGGCGACCAAUAGCGCCCGAGAAUCUCUAGCCGAGCCCUAGCGACACCCCCUCGCGAUUUCCUGGCGGAGGAGGGCUUCUGCGCGUGUGAUUUCGGCGAGAAUGCUGGCUGGAGCUCAUUUCCCCUGAAUUCUAAGAGGGCCGGUGUCCCGACUGGUGCGUACAACGGCGCGUCCUGGGAUGGCUGGAUGGCGUCUGACCAGGGGAGGGCUUGGACCAUGACGAUCGGUGGCACGUUCUGCUUGGGCCGGGAUAUGGGGUGGAAUGUGGGGGAGGAAGGUUCGUUGGCCCCAAGGCCUGGCAUGGGGUGUUGGUUGGAUGCGUUUUUACGACGCACUCUGAGCGUCCGGCAAGGGCACCCCCUCCUGGGGGCCGGAUGUGGGUGGACCACCACGAUCCUUGGACGGGCUGCUGCCAACCACCACGAGGGAGAGGGCAUGCAGAAGGGAGGUGCAUAAGAUACGGCCAAGAUCCAUUGGUGCCCUCCAUCCCAAAAGGUGUGCUUCCGACCUCGAGCUCCUCCGUCCCGAGCCGUGGUCUCGAAGUUCUGGUCCGCUGCCACUCCCUUCUUUUACAGUGACACGGACAUUGCCUUCUCUGAGAUCCUCUCACUCGUUUAGUUCGGCCAGCAGAAGGAGGAAGAGAGAAAAAUGACAGGUCUUCAGCAUCCCCUGCGGGCCGCCGCCCGCCUUGCUGCCAUUGCAUUCGUUGCGACACUAUCCUUGUCCCCUGCCGCCGUCCACGCUCAGUCGGACGACCUGGCCGCCGUCCUGUCCAAGCAGCAGAACGUGUCGACUUACACCAGCCUCUUGAGCAAAUACCCCAAGGCGUUUGAGAACCUCCCGAGCUCCGGCGCGACAAUCCUCGUCCCUACCGAUGCCGCCUUUGUCAAGUUCCAGUCGUGGGACCGUGGCGACGGCGCGUACGCGGAGCAGCUGCUCCGCUACCACAUGCUACAGGGCAAGGUGUCCAUCGGCAGCAUCGAGGAGGGCAGCUCCGUGUUCGCGCAGACGAUGCUCAGCGACGCCAGGUACAGCAACGUGUCGGGCGGCGCCGAGAUGAUCAUCAACCGGCAGCGCGGCGGCACCGUCUUCAUCUCGGGCCUGGCCACGCGGGCCACGCUGGUGGGCAGCCCGGACAUGCCCUUUGGUAGUGGGAAGAGCGCCGUGCAGCUGAUCGACUCGGUGCUGGCCAUGCCGGCGCGGUUCGAGACGACGGCGCGCGGCUCCUUCAACGGCGACAUGGACUCGUUCCUUGGCGCCCUGUACGCGGCCGGCGUGCUCGCCGACUUUGCCGACGGCGCCAACCUGACCGUCCUCGCGCCCCGCAACGCGGCCAUGGCCCGCGUGGGCGCCGCCCUGCAGGCCAUGCCGCGCGACCAGCUGGCCCGCGUGAUGCGUCACCACCUCGUGCCGGGGCGCGUGCUGCACGGCGCCGAGCUGCGCAACGGGACCGAGAUCUCGCCCGCCACCGCCGGCGCGGGCGGCCACCCCCUGCGCGUCACGCUGCACAACAACGACAUCUUCAUCGGCGCCGCAAAGGUGGCGUCGACAAACUUCCUCGUCGCGAACGGCGUCGUGCACCUGCUCGACGACGUCCUCAACCCGGACGCCGACGCCGCCGCCGCCCCCGUCAACGUCACGGCCGAGACGCGCCCGCCCCCGUUCAGCGCAACGGGCGGCGGUGCCGACGCCCAGCCCGCCGCGCCUACGGGUGGCGCCGGCGCGUCGCUGCCUUUUAUAACCGCGCUGCCGUGUGUCACCGGCUGCCCGACCGCGGGGGGCGGCGGCGGUGGCGGCGGCGGCGGCGCGGGGGGCAACGGCGUCAGGACCAGCUCCAGCUCUGGGGGCGUCGGGCGUGUCUUUAUGCCGAGGCCUACCGGCGUGGCUGGCGUCGGCGUCGGCGUGGGUGUUGGUCUCGCAGUUGGCCUGGCCGGCAUGGAGGUCGUGGGUGCGAUGCUGUGAUCGGGGUCGAGCAUCUCCCGGGCCAGGCUUUGCUUUGCUCUCUUUGCAGUCAUCCGCUUGAUAUCCGAGCUCAGGAUAUUCUACGCAUGCCUACACAUGUGUAAAUAUCUAGGCAAUUGCUGAUGCAAGGGAAGAAUAGAUAGAUACCCAGAAACGUUAUUUUGUCGGCAGUGCAUCCCUCACCUGCAUAUCUGCCCGUGCGCCUAACAGUCUCGUCGUGGUCGAGUGGAUGAUGGAAGGAUUACCAGCCACACACUCAAGCCCGACCGCCCUCUAUCAAAAUGACAUCUUUGUAACUUAAGCCUGCUCCUUACGC